AUGGCUGCUCUUCGCUCGACCUCGCGCCUCGUCGCAUCUGCGAGACCUUUGUUCCGCCCUGCCAUCUUUGCUCGCUCGUAUGCGACCGUCGACCCGGUUUCUCAGGUCAGCACCUCUGGCAAUGCCGCUACCAAGGUCACCCCCGAGACCAGGACUUCCGACCUGAAGGAUCCCAACCCGUCCGAGCAGCCCAGAACCAAGAAGUUCCAUAUCUACCGCUGGAGCCCCGAUCAGCCCUCCGAGAAGCCCAAGAUGCAGACCUACACCCUGGACUUGAACAAGACAGGCCCGAUGAUGCUUGAUGCGCUCAUCCGAAUCAAGAACGAGAUCGACCCCACCUUGACCUUCCGGAGAAGUUGCAGAGAGGGUAUUUGUGGUAGCUGUGCGAUGAACAUUGAUGGUGUCAACACCCUGGCUUGCUUGUGCCGCAUUCCCACCGACACCAAGCAGGAGUCGCGCAUCUAUCCUUUGCCUCACACCUACGUCGUCAAGGACUUGGUUCCUGAUAUGACCUACUUCUACAAGCAAUACAAGUCCAUCAAGCCUUACCUGCAGCGUGAAACCAAGACCGAGGAUGGUCUUGAGUACCGCCAAAGCCCCGAGGAGCGCAAGAAGCUCGACGGUCUCUACGAGUGCAUCCUGUGCGCCUGCUGCUCGACCUCUUGCCCUUCGUACUGGUGGAACAGCGAGGAGUACCUGGGUCCCGCCAUCCUGCUCCAGUCCUACCGCUGGCUGGCCGAUUCCCGUGAUGAGAAGACUGCCGAGCGUAAGCACGCCCUCGACAACAGCAUGAGCGUCUACCGUUGCCACACCAUUCUCAACUGCUCGCGGACCUGCCCCAAGGGUCUGAACCCUGCCCGCGCCAUUGCGGAGAUCAAGAAGAUGCUGGCCUCCCACUAG